GGUAGCACCGUAACACUUGCUUGAGCAAACACUGAGCACCACCAAAUAAAGCUAGCGAGAGAGGGAGAGAGAGAGAGGAGCGAAGGAGGGGGCCACAGCAGCAUGCCGUCUCCAGCUUUCGGCCUGUUCUUCGAGAUCUUCUCGGAAGGGGUGGUAUUCACCGUGGCCCUCAUCACCUCCGCGUGCUUCGGGGAGAGGUGCUGGAAGCGCUCGGCGCCGCUGAACAUCACCGGCCUCGCCGCGAGCCUCAUCGCCGUCGCCUACUCGGUGUUUGCGCUCGAGUACUGGUUCAACGGGCUUGGCGACAUGUACAGCUGCACCACCCUCGCCGCCGUCAACGGCACCUGCAUGAGCGCUAGCAACGCCUUCACCUUCCUGCAUCUCUUCGUCAAGGCUGACGCGAGCAACCAGAGGAACCCCAAGUGGCGCAAGUUCUACCGGUGGGUCGGAGUCGCAACGACCGCGUUUAACUGGGUGACGCUAGCCGUUGUCCACGCGCUGCUUGAAGGAACGCAAGUUGAUGGUCUCGACGGACCUCGUUGCAAGUUCACCUUCGAAAUGAACUCCUUUAGGCUCAAAUGGAUCGCUCAGUUCAUCAACCAAGCUUUCCAGGUCGCCGCGUUCGUGGGGCCUUUGAUAAUGCACCUCAGGAUGAUGGCGAGAAGCCCCGCCAAGUCGUCAGAAGUCGACACCGUCUUCGCAACCCUGGUGAAGAAGGCGCUCAUCGCGUCGGGCGUGUCACUCCUUUUCACGCUCAUCGUGACCGUUCUCGCCUUCACGAAGAUGCAAGACAUGAAGAACGGUACCAACAAGUACCUGAUUCCGGUGUUCCCGUUGGCCGUCCUCGACAACGCCGUUAGCCUGGGCGCCAUCAUUUUCGCGGUGCACCUCCCGAGCAUGACCCGCGAGACCACGGGCAGGGACAAGGAGUCCGCCGUGACGGUGACCGGCUCCAACAUCAGCACGUCUUCCGAAGUCAUUGUGACCGUCUCGGUGUGAGUGACGGGAGCAAGCCGCCCACGUGUUUCGCGGGCCGGGCUAGGACCACCGGUACGAGGAAGAGGCCCGCCGUACCCAUCUUUUCUCCCAUUUAUCUGGCACCCCGCAUACGAGAGCAGGCCUCGCGUUUCGUGAACACGCCUCCGCUGACUGGCAGGAGUGUCGUGUCUUCAACGACCGGGGGGAUCCUUCAGAGUGGCGUGCAGGCUCGCCCCGGCGGGGACUGCCGUGGUGCGCCGCCUGUUGAACGUGCGCAUCGGCCAAAGAUGGGGAUGGAGCAGGGAAGACCGUGACAUGUUAAGAGAAGGCGGAUUCUGUGUGUGGCAGUGUAGAUUGUAUGUUUAUUUACGACUGACUGGGGAUACUCACGAAAAUUUGUUUUCGGUUGGGGGGGGGGGGGGGGAAAUAUCCAUUUUCGAAUAUGUACAGCGGUCGUUCGCGGCAGGGAUCCAUUUUAAUGUUUUAUUAUGUUUCCAAAUUGUGGUGUUGCGGGUGGUAGGUGGGAUGUAGCUUCGUUGAUUCUCACGUUUCGGUUCAGUCGUCGUCGUUGUCAUCGUCAUCGAAACCCGGGUUUGAUUUUCAUUCUACCCACACCAACAAGCAGCCAGCCUCAUGUGAGUUUUCGUCACUGUUGUUGAGUGUCGACCUUGAGUGUUUGACACAAGAUUUUUGCCCCUCGAGGGCGUCUCCCCGGUGCAAACGCCACAUAACAUGCUUAUUCAACGUUUUUUUCUUUUUGAGUGUUGUUACAUCGGUAUCGUUGCGUAAAUCGCUUACACCCUUGAGAGCUUAACCUUCCUUAUGAGGGAUCCUAUCUGUGUAGGUAUGCGUCGGGGGCCCUGCGGUUCGGCCGAACCCGUCGCCACUCGAAAAAUAGUAUUAGUUUCAUGUGUGUGUUACCGUGCAGGAUGGCCGGGGCUGCUUUAAUCAGUCUGGACACUAGUUCAGCUACCGUUUGCAAUGUCUCUGUACUGGGAGCGGCAGAGAACCCAUUGUGUCGUUACUUGCACCAAGCUUCUUGGCCCCGAUCGAUCUCUCGGUGUGCGGCCGCGCUUUUUUCGCAACUGCAGCUGUCUCACCUGAUUCUUUGUUGUUGUUUUUAUGUUGACUUUUUGCACGUUUUUCUGUCCACGUGUGUGCGUUUGGUCGGGAGUUCUGACAAGGAUGUUCAACAGGCGGUCGGUGAUGGCUGUCUUUUUUUUGCGUUGUUUGUUUCAAGGGGUGGUCGUCGCUGGUAGACGCCGAAUGGGACACUUCGCCCUUGUCGGGGAAAGCGAAGGCAACAGCAUAUGAACACUGCUUUUUUCUUCCCGUUUGUUUACUUUGAGUGUUGUUGUGUAAAGUGUUGGUUUCGGCGUGAAAAAAAAUCCCCCUCUGACGGGCUGAAGAAAGAACUUGUCACACGAUUGUGAUAUGUUCACUCGUACUGUUUUCCGUGUGUAUGUUAGCGGGGGCGGGGGGCGGGGAGGGCGGAGAAACUGGCGUAUAGUAGAGACACAUAUUGCAGUUCAGUUUGCAUCCCAUGGUAUGAUACGACCAUCUUGGCCAAGUCAACCGCCCAGGGACAGAAGAGGAAGGAGGCGUUGUUGGCGGAGGAUAACCCAGCUCCUCGCCAUGAGGUGGCUCGGAGCAGACCGCCUUUUCACAAAUUUUAAUAGCCCUGUUAUGGUAGCUUUUGCGACAAUGGGAGGGAAAUAUCGCUCUUGGCGUGAAAGUUGUUGUCGGUGUCGUGAUUGCGUGAGCGACCAAAGAUGAUGCGCUUUGUGUGUGUACGUUCGUCGAGUGCCAGCAUGGAGUCGGCGCUUUGGUGUUGGGCACUUCGAACGAGACGCGAAGUCUUGCCGCAAUUCUCGGGCCGUGCAUGAGCGUCUAUUGGCCAGGAGAUCCUUCUUGCGAUCAUGCAGUACGAGAAUGACCCGCAGGGAGGCGAGAUGGAGAGAUGAACUCUUGCAGGUGACGCAUAUAGCAGUAGUUUCUGAGUAAAUACAGCCUCUUUGUAGGGCUGGUACAGGGAGAGGUUUUGUCUUGGAUAUUUCUCGGAGCAUAAUAAAUAGAGGCUUGUGUAAGUACGCUUCGCUGCUUUGGUAAUACGACAGAAGAGGGUUGCCGCCCUUAUGGAUUUGCCGUUUUCGUUGCCUAGCCUAGAGUCGACCGCAUAGGCAUUUUGGUUUGGGGCCGUUCGCAUGCAGUCUGUCGUUCUUCGGCAAAGGCCAGCGGCUGUACCUUGUUCUCAGCCGUAAGUUAUCGGUGUGCCUUCGUGCAGUGUUAAAGGUUCGCGAGAUUUCAGGAGAACAGACUUCCACUGGCCGCCAACUGGUCGCGAGUUCCACCCUUUACGAUAGUACGAACCAUGUGUGAUAUCGCUUGUCAAACCGGGGAAUUUCAAGUAUGUACAGUCAGCAAGCCCUUAUUUCGCCACAUUUACUCCGCAGUGCACUG